AUGACGCGCGCCCUCCAGACCCUCUCCGUCCUUCUCCUGGUCUCCUCCCUUUACCUGUCUCUCUUCCUUGGACUCGUGCCCCUGAACGAGACUGUUCAGACUGAAAUCAUCCCCGUGUCGCUAACCUCUGCCGUCGCAAUCCAGCUUCCCUUCUACGCCCUCAUUGUCUUUGCCUGCUAUCUCCUCGCCCGUCUGGGUAUCGCAAUCUUCACCUUCAACGACGUUCCCGAGGCGCAUGCCGAACUCCAGAAGGAGAUUGAGCUGGCCAAGGUGGAUCUGCGCAAGGGCAAGGUUGAAGUCGACUAA